CUCUAAUGCAACCCGCAGGAGGCCGGCGAGAGUGAGCUUGUGCUGACAGAUGAGGAAAAAAACAUUGUUGGUGUAGGAUUCUCUGAAAUGAGUAAAUUUUUUUUUGGCACAAAGGUGUGAAAUUUUUUUAAAGCACGGCACUCCUGUCUAUUCUCCGUUUGGUGUUUUGGAUUCUCUGUCAUGGCUGAAUCUAAUGGCUACCCCGCUCCGGGCACUACAUUAGCUAGCUGGGGAGGCAGGGCAAUGCAAAAACCUCUGCAGCGGAGCGGGCCGGUGUGUCACCUAUCGCUAUGGCGGCUUCUGGCCCGGCCUCGCGAUAAUUAAAGACUCAGCAAAGGGCAGGAAAAUCCGGCGCAUUCUUGAAAACGUCGCAUCUUCCUGCCGGUGAGUGUGUUGUCGCUUGUCUACUGUCAGCCCAUGAGGGGUGCCAGCUUGACACUUCGCAGCAAAAUUAUUCUGGGAAAUCACGGGCGUGCGCGCCGCCUUUGGUGCAAUAUUGGGCUGCGCGGUCAUUCAAAGCACGGGCGGCGAACUCGCUGCUUCGCAUGAUUCGGAUGAGGCUCGUUUGAGGCUUCCAAAAAUGAACCAAAGGAAGAAAAAUCUCGGAGUGUAGGUCUUUACAGGGGAAAAAAGAGGGGUCAACAGUAGGGUCAAAAACUUCGCUUAUUUUUUUAACAAUCUCCGCCGCGGCUAACAAUUUACACUACUUCAAAAAUUUAAUAUACCAUGGGGAUUAGAGAAAAGAAAAAACCUAGUGUAGUUUUUAAGGUUCGUGUAGCGGACCCCUUCGAGGUAGGGUCAAAAAGCACACGCAUUUUUCCAACAGUCGCCCACCCGCAUAAAAAUUUACACUCCGAGCUUUUUCUUCUGUUUGGGCCAAGAGAUCAACAAGAACUGGCAAGAUCCGAAAGGGAGCUGCGCAAGUCCCCGAGCGCGCCCAUCGCUGACCGGCAUGGACGCAAGUCGCUGGCUUUGCGAGAUGCGUCCGGAGCUGCGGAGCUCAGAAAGCAGCUACAUGGUGACGGUCGUUUUGCGGAAGGCCUUUGCGUGGUCGCGCGCCCUGUAGCUGGCGGCCGACCCGGUCGGAGGCAGGCCCGGCCUCGGGCAUUAGACAGGACCAGCGAUCCGCGACUGCGGGUCAGCAGACUUCGCGGCACAGCCCCGCUGAUCGUCUCCUCCCCCUCGCGGCAUUGGCGAGCAGUCUAGCCUCCUUAACUGUUUCACUUCCACAAAAGCAGCCAAAGCAAGUUUGGCCCACUCAGAUUUAUAACGCAAGCUCCCCGAAGCUGCGCGAUGGCCGGGCGGGUUUGCUUUAAAAAUAAUUUUGAUUGAACUAAGAAAAAAAUCCAUGCAUUUUCGAAAAUCCUACACUAACAAUGUUUUUU